CAGUCUAAGGCACUCAUCGCAUCAUCUUGCAGAAACUAGACUUAAUAUUCAGAUAAGUGAGAACAUGACUAACUCAACCAACUCCAGCGAAUACAUAUGGACUUAUGAGUACUACUAUGACUACAUUGAUCCAAUUCCGGUAAAUGCAAGUACGCUGAAAUACAACAAAUACUCAAUUGUGAUAUUAAUGUGGAUCACUGUUGCAGCGUUCAUUGGGACAUUCUUCUUUGUAUUGUCAUACAUGUCCCGUUAUAACAAGCUACCCAGGGGUCACAAACAUUCCAGGAAGCGUAGCAUGUCUGACUGCAGGAGAAGCCACAGCACACUUUCAUCCAGAUCCCUUGUUGUCUUGUAGACGACUUGGCCUCUGAGCAAAUUCUGAUGGCACAUGACACUGAAGUACCACCAAAUUCUCUGACAAACAUGUGACAACAUGCAGAGAACUGGGUUGUGGGAGCAGAAGGCGGCACACAACUGAGGCAUAUCAGAUCCAUGCAGUCAAGAGGAAAUCCAGAGACCAUCCCCAGUCCAGCCCUCUCCAGAGGCGAUGAUACCGGACGAUGGUCAGCCCUCGCCAUACCAUGGAGGUAUAUCAGCUCUGACAAACGUCAUCCUACGCUCUACAUACACCCCUUCCUGA